AUGCGAUCCACCAACGCAGCAUUGCCCUUGGGCGUGCUAAUCCUAGCCCUUAUGGUCUCUGUAUCACCCUUCUCUCACCAGGCCCUCUUUGCGGACGAAUCCAACACCAUAUUCCCAGGCAGCCCAGACUUCAGCCAACCCCCAAUCACGAACAUCUCCCUCUACCCCAACGGUUCGCUCUUCUACCAAUGGCGACCAAAAGCGCACUUCAUUCACCCGUCCAACCAGCUGGGCGAUCCUACAGCCUUCUGGCAGGCCCCCGACGGCACUUCCCACAUCACAGCUCUUUACUCUUACCUCCGAGGAACAGGCAACUCCUCACUCUCCACAUACAGUUUCUCCGGCUCCACCACGAAAGAUUUCCUUCGGUAUGAAGACCUUUCUGGCUGGCAGAACCCAGUCCAGAUGGGCCCAGGUGACGAAGUAGACUAUAUCGCAGACUUUGACGGUGGUGUAGUCGCGAAAGGCUACAAAGGCUUACCCACCUUGAUCUGGACUGCAGUCAAAGGAUUACCCAUUAGCUGGACGAUUCCGUACAAAGACGGAUACGAAUCGCAAGCGCUAGCAUACUCCGAAGACAGUGGUGUUACGUGGAAGAAGCUUGAUGGUGGUGCCAACGUUCCUGUUAUUCCAAGGCCUCCGUACAAUGGAUCAGUGGUUACAGGGUUCAGAGACCCGUUCAUCUUCAAGAACGCCCAAUUCGAUGGAAUUCUCAAUGUCACUCCUAAGGAUGGAGAGCCAAUGCACUACGUCUCAAUGUCUUCAGGUUUACACCCCGCCCAGCCUGGCCUGCCGGGGGUGGAGUUCAACGCUGCGGGUCCAAGAGUAUGGCUCUACCGUCAGACCAUACCAGGAAACUGGCUGAACUGGACAUUCUGCGGUCCCCUCCUGCAGUCGGCUAUCAACACCACCUUCACUACUCCUGGUUCCGGCUGGGCGAGCACGGAUUAUAGCGAUGGGAACAAUUACGAAACUUCCCAAGUUACCAAUCUUGACUACAAUGGUGAUGCUGGACUGGAGGGCAAUGGGUUGGCUUUCAUGUCUUUCGGCGCGGAGAGUAACAAAACUCUCAUGCUGUACCGGUUGGGACACUGGCGAGCAAGCGAAGGUAUCAAUACAUCCCCUAUGCCCAACGCUACCCUUGCUCCAGGCGUUUCUGGGUCGGAGACAGGUGUAGAGAUGGACACCGCACUAGAAGGGCUCCUAGACUGGGGUCUAGCCUAUGCCUGUACUGGUCUGAGGGAUGAGGAAACCAAAAGAAGGAUCGUGUAUUGCUGGAUCAAAGAAGCGUUCGCAAGUCAGGAUCAGACAAAGUUCGUCACCCAGUGGAUCUCUUCCCUUACCCUACCGAGAGAGGUCUAUGUCAAAGAGAUCACUGAGGUGAUCAACAAUGAAUUGGUGCUGCAGAACGCUUCUUGGGCUAUCCUCGACAGCACCUCUUCCUGCGGAAAGAAGAUUCAAACGAUCCCAGUGGAACAGUUCAAAGCUUCGAAUGCUAGCAAGCACGACACGGUUGAUCUGGUCAUGCUUGGUAUCACCCCUGCUCGAGAAUUAGCAGAGUUCAGGUGCAAGGCAAACGACUCAUACUCCCACAUAUUUACCACUGUGCUCUCCCCUGCCAACUUCUCCUCUAGUAUGGAAGUCGAGGUGCGAAAGGGCAUUCGUUCAGGCAGCAAUGACACUCUUGUAGAUGAACUCUUCGUUCCUCUCCCUCGUCAUCCUUCUUCCAACCACUACGAACUCUCAGCAACCCUAUCCUUCCGCUCAUCCUCACUCCGCAACACCUCGUUCGACUUUGCUGCUGGUAUCUCCAUUCUGCGUCGUUCCAACAUCACAUCCACCUCAGACAAUGAGGAUAUCGCUACAGUCUACCGCCCGGCCAACGAAUCAGUCAUUGUCCAACGCCGCACUGCUCUUGGUCCUCAGUCAGUUCUUACUACCCCUGAGAUUGGCAAACUUCGCUUGUGGCAGUUUGCUAACGGCACAGUGGAGGAACUCAAAAUGAGGGUCUUUGUCGACGGUAGCGCAGUGGAAGUUUACAUCAAUGAUGUAUUUGUGUUGACUACCAGGGCCUAUUAUUGGUAUGAAGACUCGAACAGAAUUGGGUUAGUUUACCAGGUGCCACAUGGCUCUAUGGGAGGAAACGGAGGGGAGGAAAUGCAAGUAGAGUUCAAGAAUGUGGUCUGGUGGGAAGGUCUCAUCGAUGCAUACCCGAAUAGGCCCAAGGAUAAGGAACAGUUGAUCAAGCAAGCGAUUGGAUAUCCUGAGCCGACAAAGAACCCUAAUGUUCAGGGGAUUAUCUACAACGGCACCGGUCCAAGCCCGCCGUUUCGUAAGCUUGUAUAG